CAGCGGCGCCCCCGAGGCGGCGAAGGAGGAGGAGGCGCUGCGGCUGGUGGCGGGCGCGUGCGUGCUGCCGCAUCCCGACAAGCUCGACCGCGGCGGGGAAGACGCCUUCUUCAUCCUCCCCGACGUCUCCGCCUUAGGGGUGGCGGACGGCGUGGGCGGGUGGGCGGACGUGGGGGUGGACGCGGGGGCGUAUGCGCGCGAGCUGAUGGGGGAGGUGCAGGCGGCCGUCAGGCGCGAGCCCAAGGGGUGCGCGGACACCCUCCGCGUGCUGACGUCAGCGCACGCCAAGACGCGCAGCCAGGGCUCGUGCACCGCGUGCGUUGUGGUGCUCACUGCUGACCGGCUGCAGGCGGCGAACCUGGGCGACAGUGGGUUUGUGGUGGUGCGCAAUGGGCGCAUCAUCUUCAAGUCGCCCCCGCAGCAGCACGAUUUCAACUUCCCCUUCCAGCUCGGCAGUGACGGCGGUGACUCGCCCUCCGCCGCUGAGGUGUUCUCCCUGCCGGUGGCAGCGGGCGAUGUAGUGGUGCUGGGCACGGACGGGCUGUUCGACAACGUGUUCGAUUCCGAGCUCGCCUCCACCGUCAUGCACUCGCUGCUGGCGGGCCGCGAGCCACAGCACACGGCGGAGCACAUCGCCACGCUGGCACGCACGCGCGCGCAGGACCGCAUCCGCAUCUCGCCCUUUGCGCGCGCAGCGCAGGAGGCGGGGUACCGGUACUAUGGGGGCAAGCUGGAUGACAUCACCGUUGUCGUGGCUUAUGUGGCCGGGCCUAAGUUCGGACCGGGUUGGUGGCGCAACUGCCGGUGA